CAAUAUCAAAGAACUUUCAGUUUCAAAAGAACCCGGCCCGGUGCUAGUGUAGCCAAAAUGUCUUGGUUGUGUGAAAGUAAUUUGAAUUGGUUACAACGGUUUUCCGUUCGCUUGAUGCAAUGCGGUCCGAUACCGAAACACAUCGCCUUUAUUAUGGACGGUAAUCGGCGUUUUGCAACCAAAAAUAAUUUAAAAUCCAAAACCGAAGGACAUGCGAAAGGAUUCGACAAAUUGGUGGAAAUUUUGCAAUGGUGUUUGGAUAUCGGUGUAAAAGAAGUGACCGCGUACGCCUUUAGUAUCGAAAAUUUUAAACGCAAUAAAGAGGAAGUGGAUACUUUGAUGAAAAUGGCAAAGGAAAAAUUUCAGAAAUUAGUCGACGACGAGAACAAAUUAAACGAGCGAGGCAUAUGCGUUCGGAUUGUAGGAAAUCUGACGCUGUUACCGAUCGACUUACAGUCCAUAAUGGCAAAAGUAAUGCUAAUGACUCGAAACAAUGAUCGGGCUGUAUGGAACAUUGCAUUCGCUUACACAUCACGUGACGAAAUGACUGAAUCGGUACGCACAAUAGUCAAUGGUGUGCAGCAAUUAGAACUGAAUGUGGAUGAUAUAAACGAUAAUUUGUUUAGGAGCUGUAUGUACAUGAGCAAAACACCAGAUCCUGAUCUGAUAGUUCGAACGUCUGGUGAAACACGUCUGUCCGAUUUUCUGAUGUAUCAGUGCUCGACGUCUAUCAUCUACUGCAGUGACACACUCUGGCCUGAAUUAGGGAUAUGGCAACUUUUGAUCGUAAUUUUUUAUUAUCAGCAACACAAACUGGGAAUGGUGAAGGCAAGACAGUGUCUAGACAGUUAUGCUGACAAGUUUACGACGACUGAUGAGCACGCCAGACACCAAAUGGAAUCAUUCGUAAACAGAAACGAAAUACGUAAAAUGCAGCAUUUGGAAGGCUUAACCAAAGUCGACCACAAACGGCGAACCAAUGUUCGAAGCAGUGGUUUCAAGAAGUAGGACUCGUUCGUUACAAAUUAAUUUAAUUUA